GUCGAAGAGAAAAGUCGUGUCGAGCGAGCGUAGCGAUCCAGUCUCUUUCUUUAACACCUAACAAAUAAUUAAGUAAUUAAGGGGAUUAUUUCAAAAUGACUCUGUCUCUCGCCAAGGCAUCCAGUUCUGUCUGACAAAACGGAUCCCAAAGGCAUGGCCAGCAGCACGGAGGAUUACGGUUCGGAAUUGCAGGAGUUGCAGUGGGGUGGCGGUACCGGAUCGCAUUUCCUGCGCAGCGGCUCCCACUUCCUGAGAAGCGGCACCGGCGGUUGCUACGAGGCCGAGGAUUUAGAACCCACCAGCAGGCACCAUGGCGGUCAGCACAGGGGAUAUUACAGCCCUCCGGGUACGAGUUACACGAUCGUCGAGAGACCACCGAGCGCCCCCCAUCACCAUUCGUCGCACACCACGCCGUACAGGCACAGGGGACACGCCACCGGGGGCACCGGCGCCAUUUCGCCGGAGCAGGUGCUUAGACUUUUUGGCAACGGGGUCUCGGAGCGGCGACAAGGCGACAGGAGGACGCCGGCGUCGUCCCCGGCGAGCGUCUCCGCCGUCAGGACCACGUCGUCCUCGGUGUCGCAGCAACAACAGCAGCAACAACAGUCCCAGCAGUCCCAGCAGAACCCAUCGAAUCCGCCUACGUCGCCGAGUUCUCAGCCACUGAGCCUCCAGGAGCUCACCGUAAGGACAAUCACCAUGACGAGAGAUCCCCCGGACUCUCACCAUGGCUUUGGGAUCUGCGUGAAGGGUGGCAAGGACGCAGGUGAGAUCCGAAGUACCUUCAGGCUACCCCCGUCGCCGUACUUCGCGCCUCAAGAUCGAGGGGUGGGUGUCUACAUUUCGAGGGUGGAGGAAGGUUCGGUGGCCGAACGCGCUGGACUCAGGCCAGGAGACACCAUCUUGGAGGUGAACGGCACACCCUUCCGUGCGGUGACCCACGAGGAGGCCCUCAAAAUGUUAAAAUCCUGCAGAACCCUCAGCAUGACGGUACGCGGGCCAGCCUUGGAUCCCCGCUGCAGAGUCGGUCAUCCGGUCUGGUCCACUUCCGGUCGUCAACAAUCCUGCAGUUGGAUGGACCGUCAAGGUCGUCCGGCCUCGCCGCCGCCUGUUUACCCACCUCGUGACUCUAGGUACUGUCCAAGGACGAGGAAGGUCGAGCUCUGCAUCGAACCCGGUCAGUCGCUCGGCCUGAUGAUUAGGGGUGGCCUCGAAUACGGCCUUGGAAUUUACGUCACCGGGGUCGACAAGGACAGCGUGGCCGAUCGGGCUGGACUGUUGGUAGGCGAUCAAAUCAUCGAGGUGAACGGUCAGAACUUCGAGGAGGCGACCCACGACGAAGCAGUGCAGAUCCUGAAGACGAAUAAGAGGAUGACACUCCUGAUUCGAGACGUGGGAAAAGUUCCACAUUCCUGCACCACUAGUCAACCAAUCGUCAUGCCAACGUCUAGGUACCCAGAUCACGAUCCCAUGCUACUGGAGAGCCCUGGAAACCAUCGACCACCGAGUCCUUCUAUCGCCAGCGACUGGAGACAUCGAGGCGGCGUCCACACGGUUUCCGCCGCGACGGCCGCCAUGGUGGAGGAAAAAGCGAGGGUGGUUCUCGCGAGGAGCGAAAGGGCGGCUCUAUCUCAGCUUCUGGCCGAUUACAGGACACGACGAUUGACGAUCGAGGAGCUGGUGGUCAGUUUAGGCGAUUUGCUGAACACCCACGAGAAACUGACUCUUCUGACCGAGCUCAGGGAGCUCGUCGAUAGCAAAGACAGAGCUGCCUUCGACGAUCUCGUUUACAGGCCUCGCGUAGCCAUGGCAAGGAGAAAAGGCGACCGCGCCCAUUCGGAUCUAAUAGUGACACCUUCCCUCCACGAUCUUCCGAGGGGUGUACCCGGUGGUUGUUGCCGUCCGGGACGACUGGUGGACGUCGAGGGAGAUCCCCUAGGAGUGACAGGACCUCUCCUGCCGCGGGAUAACCAGGAAUAUAGAUCGCCGAGCGAGGACAGCGGUCUCGGGGCCGACAUGCCCAGGACCAGAGCGGGCUGCAGGAGGGCACAGCAUCAGGUGACGACCUCCGACCUCGCCCUCUCCAACGACGACGAGUGUGACAACCAGGUACAGAAAAUCGUUCGAGACACCUUUUUCGCGCCGCCCCGUGGUGCCUCGAAGCCCGACGCUAGAAAAGAUCCCGCUACGACGGUGACACGUGAACGCGGUAAAAGGGAUCUUUAUCGAUUUCUUUUGCAGGACUACGAGGACGAGCUGGAGAACGGACGUGGGCGGAGGCACAGCUCGCCGGGCGGUUCGCGCGGCAACCCCAGAGAUUACGGUCAUCAUCAUCUUCAUCCGGACAAUCUGGAGAGCGACGGUGGUUGCGAUGGUAGCGACGCCGAGAUGAUCGGUAACGGGAGACGCGGAGGAGGAACGGAAAGGGAUCGCGAUAUGGAGGAGGAUGAGGACGAAGGAAGGGAGGAAAGGAGCUCGGAGGGUGGAGGUGGUGGAGGUUUCGGUGGUUGGAGGUCCCAUUUGCUCGGUGGACUGACGCAACGUGUCAAAUCCUGGUACUGGGGCGCCAGGCCCCUCGAACUCGCGCACAAGCUCUCACGAAGCUUCGACAUGCAGGAAGCGCAGCUCCUCGAGGAGGGUGGUUCCGGUGGCGGGUCCGCCGGGGCUGGAGGCGCUGGAGGACCCCCACGAAGACACCACAGCGCUCAAAGGCUGGCCAGGAGCGAGAUGUCCGAGAGAAGAGAGGAAGACGGCGCCCUGGUGGUGCCGGAUCACCAAGGGAACCUGAGGAUCACCGUCAAGAAGACCAAGUCGAUUUUGGGUAUCGCCAUCGAGGGUGGUGCCAACACCAAGCAUCCGCUACCAAGGAUCAUCAAUAUACACGAUAAUGGCGCAGCCUACGAGGCUGGCGGUUUAGAAGUCGGUCAAUUGAUUCUAGAAGUUGACGGCCACAAAGUCGAAGGUUUGCAUCAUCAGGAAGUCGCGAGACUGAUCGCCGAGUCGUUUGCGAGGCGCGACCGCAACGAGAUCGAGUUCCUGGUGGUCGAGGCGAAGAAGAGCAACCUGGAGCCGAAGCCAACGGCUCUGAUAUUCCUGGAGGCGUAGCAGGAAUCUCCCACCUCCGAGCCGGAACCACCGUAGCACAACGUGACCAGAGCUCGACCCGCGACACGCUUAGAGCGUCGUCAACGCUGAACCGCCAACGAAGCUGACGAGAGCGUGGAGAAGGAAAACGAGGCGAAACGAACGAACACAGAGGGUCGAGAAGAAGAGCGGAUACGCGCCAGGACAGAAACGAGGACGUGCUCUUGGUCUUCUCCGUACGCUCUCGACUCUGCCGGUCGAGCUCUCGGUCAGGCGCUAAUCGAACCUGGCCCUGGUGGUGGGAACUUUUUAAGAAGAAACAGAAGAAACAAGAAGCGCCGUACGAGGCGAGGAACGACGUUAGGCGGCGAGAGAGGCUCGAUUAACGAGUCAAUGGGAUGAUAAUUGCACGGUCGUCGACGCCACUGUUGCUGUCCUCGUUGCUGACGAGCCUUCGGGCUAACGGAACCGGUACCGGACGCUUCUAGGCUUGCCCUUUCGAGCCCCGGCAAUGUUAAAAAGGACGCGAGCGUGGAUCACCGGUGGGGAACUGCAACGAGGAACGCGAGAGGCGACGAUCCCGUGAAAGAAACGGAGAAAACGAGAUUGCCUGUGGAGGGACGUUGACGAGAGACGCUUUAAGUGCGAAGAAAAUUACGUAGAGAAAGAGACGGAGGAUGUUGACUGUGCCAAACUCAUUAAGGAUUGUUUCGUGUAUAGUAGUUAUGAUACUAUUAAUCGUAAGGGAUCUAACAAGGACUCUGCCCAAAAAGGGGGAACGUCGAUCUUAGGGUUCAGGUACACCGUUGAGGGAUACUGGGCGACCAAGACGCAUGGUGUCAGUGUCGCGUUCGUCCCACGGAAAUUACGGACACAAUCACGAACCGGAGUUUUCGCGCGUUAGCCACGAAACGUGUCUCGACGCCGAGCACGUCGCGACUACGAAGAUUCACUGUUGACUAAUGCGUUAUCGAAGGUACUGGACGUUCACGUCGAUCAGGAUUUUUGUCGGCAAAACCUCUUCUGGUACGGUGCUCGAUGCCGUUACGACGACACUCGGGCUGUCGCCUCUCGAGAGAAACGCGGAUACUCAUCGGCGACACGGCGAAUCGGAGUUGCAAAUUAUAUUUUUUGCGAGACGUCGGACUUACUUUCUGUAAAUUAUCCACCAUUUCCCGUCGGGAUCUGCUUCUCGGUCUCUUUGCUCGAUUCAUGAAAAUGUUAUUCGACGUCAGUUCGAAAUAUUAAAUAUUCUUCAAUAACUCUAGAACGAGGUCAAUUAAAGUUUUCCAAGACUUCGUUCUUGUAAUCAGUCGAACGAAAAUGAAACGAGACGAUCUGUUCAAAAUCGAAACUUCGCGUUGGUGAUAUUUAAAUAUUCUUGGCAAAAUUGACGUAUUUAGUUAAUUAAAGAUUGUUAUUAAAACCAAAAGUUAAGACCUUAAUAUUAUUACAAUCGUUUUCUUUUUAUUUUAGAUAAAUAGAAAGUUAACAAUGGGUACAGAAAAUAAUUUAGAUGUCCUCGAGAAAGAAUAAUUUUCAUCGUUAUAUAUUUCGUUGCAUUUCUUAAAUUUUUUGUAACAAACGCACGCACUGUUCUAUUUAUUAUUUAUUAUUGGUAACACCGAGGAAAAUGAGAAACAAGAAUCUUCUUUACCAAAGUUUGUUCUCAGGAAAUUGUUUCUAUUUUGCUAAUUUCAUCGAUCGUCGCCAAGGAAAGUGCAACGUCAAAAAUCCUGACCGACUCGAGCCCGCGACUAAUACAGAAUUAUUAUGGGAAUUGUUGAGGCUUAACAAAGUAUAUUAUAUAUACAUAUAUAUAUAUACAUAUAUAUUAUAUGAUAAUAUUAUUGACUAUCGUAGUGGAAUUGCAACUCGUACCUACCAGAGAGGCCUCGAGCGCGCGCAAAUUAAUCCACUCGCUUGCACGCGUGUGCGCGUGCGCGCGCGAGCGCCGCGAAAAGAAUAAAAAAACAUAUAAAUUAUGCGAUAUUUUCAAACAGUUAAUAAACAUAGAGAUCGCGUGCUUAGUAAUUGGGCCUGAUCACUUCGAGCUCGAGCCGACGAGGGAUCGCGGACGAUCGCGCGGGAAAACCGUGAUCGAGAAAGAAAGAAAGGAUUCUCGUGGGAAUUUCGUGAAAGUGUGAAACGAAUUCGCGAUCUCGAACACGGAUAAUCGUUUGUUUGCACAGCGGAUCACGUGCAAAUUGUUUGCUGACUCGUUCGUGCCGGCAUAGUUCAUUUCGAGAGCGACCAUCUUCUUGGAAAUACGCUACCCAACAAAAAUAAUGAGACCUGCGAAAACAUGAAACGUUUUUCUUGGAGAAUUAUUAGAGCUAAUUCCGAGCAAAGAAUAAUUUUCAUCUUUACACGUUUCAUUGCAGUUGUUUUAUUUUUUAAAUUAGUAAAACGUUUUUGAGGAUGCAAGACUCCUUCCUAAAUAUUUCACUUUUCCGUUUCUACGAAUAACGAUGUUAUUGAAACCUAAUCUCGAUACGUUGUGUUAGAAUCUACCCUCUUAGUUUAAUUUAAAACUUAACGAGGGGUAUAAACAAUUAUUUAGACGGUCUCGUACUUUUGUCCAGUAGCGUAAACGACAAUUAGGAAACUCUGGACUAUUUUUCGUACGAGAGCACGCUUUUUCACGAAUGUCGUACAUUCACAGAAUCACUGUAAUUUUCUACGGUCGACAGACAAUUAUUGCGAGCAGAAACAGCGAGAUUUUCUAAGAAAACAAUAUAUUCGUGUAUUUAUCGUUUCGAUCUCGAGUUUCUCGACUGUCGCGUACGCUCGUGUAGAUUCCGUUUCGAUCGUUGGACGACUCGAAUAAUAAGGAAUUCGAUUUAUACGUGUGUUAGUACAGCGGUUUCUGAAUCUUUCAUUUGUAUUUCCUUGAUUUUCUAACUCUAUUUAAAUUCUGACGAUCCAAAAGUCUCUUUCGCUGUGAUAAAUUCCCCGAAUAGACCGUUUUAUAAUUUAUUUGAGCGCGAAGAUGAAAUUCAUUUUGUAAAUAAUCGUUGAUCUAGGAUAAUAGGACAGUCUCGAUGAAAUCUUGUUUUGAAUUUGCUAACUUCGAUUUAAAACGUUUGUAAAUAUUAGAGACUCGAACGUUUCUUUGGUGCAACCGUUUCUGGGAACCGCUCUGUUAGGAAAAAAAAACAUUUAUAACAUAAUCAUUACCGCAAUAAUUGUAUUUAAACGAGUAGUGGUUACUGAUUAUUAUUCGUGGGUAAACGUAGCGUUGUUGUUGUGAUAGUUACGAUUGACGCGUCUUGUUUAGUAUCUCUACCUGUUACCAGUUAAAUGUAGCUUACGAUUUAUCGACGAGUCCAUGCGUCGCGACUUUGAAACCGAUCGUCCGCGAUCGUCUCGCUUUAAAAAAAAAAAAAAAACCGUGCAAGCUUACGUAGAAUUGUCGCGUGUGUGUAACGAGAAAAAUCGAUCCUAGAAGGCGAGUCGAUAUGGAAAAAAAAACAUAAUCGAGCAACGAUCUAGUGAGAGGUAUCGACGAUUCAAAAAUUCAGCGAACAAAAAAAAAUAAUGUUAUUUUUCAAUUUGUUUCUCGAUUUUAUUCGAUGUUACUAACCGUGUGCUCUUUCCAACACCAGUUUCAACAUAUUUCGGUAAAUAAUACGAUAAGCGUCUUAACACAUUGUGAACCGACUUUGUAAUUAAAAAGUUCCACGUUUCGACUUCGAUCUUUCUAAAUUUUGUAACGUUUUGUGUAACGGAAUUCGAAAAUAACGCUAACUAUUAGUGAAUAAGUACAUUGUUCGAUUUGAUUGCCCGAAAGAUGAUACGCGAGUGGCAAAAGAAUCGCAGUCGUUGGUGUCACUUUGUAUUGAACUUUUUUCUAUCCCUGUUUGGUCGACAAUGUGUUAACAUAAUCAAAAGGUUACUCUAAUUAAAUCAGGUUAAAGCAUUAAACAAACUAUUUCACACAAAACAACGCGUUAUUUUGUUAAGACUUCGUGCAAAGUUAAAUUUGUGAUAUAUUCUCUACAAGGGACGGCCCGUUGCCAUUCCCGAUCUAGACGUUUAAUUCUCAAUAAAGGAUAAUCUAUCCAAAUUAAACGGAGGCAUAGUAUCGUCGAACAAAUUCUAAUGUUCCGCAUCUCCAAUAUCGCUAGUUUCCACCGAAAGUGAUACAACUUCAAAUUCCUCGAGUUUGAAUGUCUCCACGAGCGGCGAUGAACAUAAAAAGUACAAAGCAUUUUCAUUACGAGAAGAAAAUACAUUUGCAAUUUUAUCGGUUUUGUUAUUAUUACGAAUGUCAGCGAAGAGGAAGUACGAAAAAUCGCUUCUUGCAACGAAUGAAUCGAACAGAUUCCUCUCGAAGAAAUAAUCACCAAAGGAAAACCGAAGUUCUUUGUCGUUGGUACGCCAUCGCGAACGAGAAAAACGAUAUUCAGAACUAUGUGACCGGACGUGUGCACGAUGUAUUGUGGUAAAUGUGCCAAAACAGAAAAAAAACGCAGAAUAAAAUAGCGGCCCGCAAUAUGAGAUCACGUCGCGAAAGCAACGCUCUAAUAGAAGAUACGAAGAAACGAAAGAGAAGAAGAAAACAACAAUCGAAGAGAAGAAACGGAGUUUCGUUACCGAGGUGUGCACCAGAGUUGUUUCCUUCGAUGUUAUUUCGUAGAACGCGCGAGGAAACGUAAUUGCAAUUAAUUUGAAUUGCAAUUGAACGAAUCGCGGCCAAAAGAUCGAGGAACUUAUAUAACGAAAAAAAAAAAAGAAAAUCGAACGAAGAAGAAAUCGAUAGUAACUAGCUGCUUUUCGGCUGAAAAACAAAAAGAUAAAAAAAAAAUAAAUAAAUAUACCUCGUGCUAGUAUUUCUUCCCUUUUUUUCGAAGCUACGUUUUCUAAAAAGCAUCCUCGUUCGUUCGUCGUCCCAGGCGAAGAUUAAAGCUAAAACGAAACGAGAAUAGACGACGGAAUUCGAGAACUGGGACGCGAACAAAGGAACGGAAAGAUAUUUUUGUAAAAGCCUUCGAUGUACUGCAAUCACAGGAACGAUUCGAAGAUCUCAGCUAACAUAUCCGACAAUGCCUUACCGCUUUAAACGAGAGAACACUUUGGGGAAAGCGUUGCGAAUUAUCGAGGGUUCGUAGGGAAGUGUUCGCCCGAACUUCCGGUUGGUCGACGCACGUGGAGACGGUACGGUGCGAGGAACGACGAAAUUUGUCGAUUUUGAUAAACUUUUUUAAUUGGCGGAUCGAACGGACGGGGCGACGCGAAUGCGCGCUAGCAAUCUUCUUUUUAUUCCAUUGUAACAAAAUGCAAUAGAACAUAACACGGGGAAAAGGUAAAAUAAAUUAUAAUUAAAUUUAUAGCACGAUUCGUCUUCAAAUUUUGUAUGUUCGAAGAAUUUUGUCGAAGUGCCCCUUCUACUUUUAUAGAUUAUAAACAUUUUAUUGUAGCUUUCGGUUAUUUUGAAAUUACAAUUGUAACUUCAGGUUUGUGUCAAUUACAUUUCCACUGAUGAAACCAAGUGAUGAUCGAAAGCUAUAAUAAAUUUCCCCUAUUCCCUCUAUUUUGUGUUCAAUUUAAUUCGUAACGUUAAAUGUACGCAACCGAAAGAGAAAUUUCAGCCGACAUCAGCACGUUUCCCGCCAUUCCGUCUGUUCGAUCGCGAGAAACUAUAUCAAACACAGAAUGCGAAACGAAGAAUUAAAAACUGCCAAAACAUUACAAUUACCUCAGCGAUCAGGAUGCCCGUCGUCUCGCACGGUACACGUUUCACGAUCGUCGAUGUUCCAAUCCUGUCGAAAUAAGAACGAACAUACAGUUACUCGUAUUCGUGCACAAUAAUAGUGAUUCGCUAUAAAUGAAGAAAAAAAACUUGUUUCUUACGAAUCUAACCGUUGUGUUUGAAACUGGUUACGUAUUGUUGAUUUGUAAUAAACAUCGUUUGGUAAAAAUAAAUGGAAAGAAUUCGUAAAAAACAAGUUUCUUUCCAUUUAUAGCAGAUCACCAUUCCACUGUACGAAUACGAGUGGAAGUUAAAACUUGUAGAUCCCUCCGGUAGCUAUUUUUCCACGCCAGUUGUCCGUUUGACGGAAGUUCGCUCUCGAUCGAUCGCUUUCCAAUUCUCAAAACACACGAGCACAGCAAGAAAAAAAAGAAAAAAAAUCAAACACGAUCGAAGAACCUCUCUUACCCCCUGGUAGCGUCGAGUCGUCGACGUCGUUCGAUCCGACGAAAUAAUCGCGCGUAAACGCGAUUAAACGAGUUUACCUCGAAAGAUGAAAGCGUCUCGCGUCCGUGCACGCCGGACGAGCGUGUUUCGACAAAGCGAAAAGAGAGAAAAAAAAAACGCGAUGCCAAGGCCCGAUUUCUACGUUGAAAAAUAUGAUAGAGUCGCUAGACGACUGAGCCACCUUUCUCCGACAAAAGCGGCGCGCGUGCCGUGUUUCCUUCUGUGGAAGAAAAUCGGUUUCCAGUAUUCGUCGCGCCCGACCACGCGUCGAAGUCUCCGGCCGUCGAUCAGAACGAUCUCUGCUCUAGCGGUUCAGCGACUCCGACGCUCGAUACGGAAACACCGGAAAUCGACCAUCUCGGCGCGGCAGAUUUGUUCGUUAAUUAAUUUCCCGGGUCGUUUAGAGAAAUUGUACGCUGGUGUUCGAGACGAAUCCCUCGUGGAGGAACCGAGAAACCAGUCGCGAUAGAUCGUAGGUGUUCCGAUAUAGAGAGUUUACCGACGAUUAACGACGCGUCCUUAGUUUUAGCUACCGCAGAUACGCGCGACAGAGACAGAGAGUAAAAUCUAGCAAAGCGAUUUAUUUUUUCAAAGAGAGAGAGAGACAAAACCCGAGACACGAACUCGUACCAUAAAACCUGUUCAGCUUUCGCACACGUUCGCCAUCCGCAAACUUGCUUUUUCUCGAUCGGCCGUGGGUGCAGCGAGCCAUUGAAAUCGGACCUCCGCCGAUCGAAAGCGAUUCGUAGCGCCGAUGAAAGGCGACCAGAUCUUCUGGCGGACGUUAGAAAGAAACGCGGAGGUGGUGGGGGAGCACGAGGGAAACGAGAUUUCGUUUUCUCUAGGGCGAUCCGGGAAGCGUGUUAGCGUGUCGUUGUUUGAAGUAAAGUAAAUUUAGAAAACUAAUCUAAUCGAGAAUUUGUAGGAAACGUUACUCUGUUUAGAAGAUUGAGGAAAUAGAACUCGCUGCAUCCGCGGUGCAAAGCUCGCCGCGCGUCGACCGGAGAACAAAACACGAAUAUUUCGACUUCAGCUUCGUUCAUGCUAGGGCUGGGACCUUUUCUUCGACUUUAUUCGGAUAUUCGAACACUUGCACAAAUGUUAUCCAAACGCUUAACUAUUCGAAUAUUAUUUAAAUCUAAUACUUGACUGUUCGAGAAAUUUGUGUAUUAUCGAGUAUCUGGAUAUUCGAAUAGUAACAUUCGAACAAUGAUAUUUAAAUAUCAAUGUUAAUGAAUAGUGAUACAGAAAAGCUCUAUUGUUCGAAAGUUUUGUUAUCUAAACAGAAUGGUACGAACUUUAUUCGAAUACCAGGAUAUUUGAAUAGUAAAACAAUGAUAUUUAAAUAUCAAUGUUGAAAUAACAUUUUAAUAUUGAUGUUCGAAUAGUGAUACAGAAAAGCUCUAUUGUUCGAACGUUUUGUUAUCCAAACAGAAUGGUACGAACUUUAUUCGAAUACCAGGAUAUUUGAAUAGUAAAAUAUUCCAAUAAUGAAUGUUUGAUAAUGUUCAAACGACAACAUUGAAAUAGUAAUAUUCGAAUAGUUACAAUCGAAUGCAAGAAUAUUGGAAGUUUAUUGGUAGUAUUGAGAUACUAAUACGUGAACUGUUUGGAAUAAAAUCCCAGCGCUAGUUCAUACCUUCGCAAUCAAGCCGAGACAUCGCGCAGAAAAAUAACGCCAUGGAACAGGGGACGAUUCGCGAGACGAGUAUCAUCGAGGCGUAAACGCGAAACCGAUCCGAUUACCACUUGAGACAAACGCUAACCGAAUUGUAAAGCAGAUAAAACUGUACUCGUAACGUUUCAAGGAGCACUGUACAUAAGCAAAACGCUCGUUCAUACGCAUUUCAUAGAUCACUCCUUUUUGCAGCCGAUUUCGUACACCUUAGCGACACACGCGAUGAACACUAUCUCCACACGGACAUACACACACGUACACGAACAGAUACUUGAAUAGCACACGUACGAAUAAACAAGAAUGCGCGAACGUUCCACCAGGUGAGAACAACGAGUCGUCUAGCGUUAAUUAACGACCCGUCGAUUACUAUACUCAUCGUCGUGGAACGAAAACAGAAAUCGCGGAUGAACGGCACACGUACAGGAACCACCGGGUGUGAAGGAAAUUUGUGUUGCGAUUUUGUCAGGACAAUAGAUUUUAGACCUGAAAUUUUUUAUUUUUUUUUUUAGAGAAACGAGCAAACAUUUCAUUCGCGACGUUUCAUGCAAGCUUGGACUUUCGUUGGAGGCAAAAUUUUACUAAUUUUCUUUUCUUUUCUUUUCAAAUGUCUACCUCGUUGGAGGGAGUUUCGUAACUUCGCGCGUUUCCGUGAAUUUUUGAAAAAUCGUGUUACGCCUGGGUUAAGUCUCGACUAAUAAAUAAAUCAUUGUCAAUUCAAAGUCUGCGAUUCCAGGAAAUGUGUAAUUUUUCUUUAGAAAAAUGCGUUAAAAUAGGCCUAUAAAAACGUUAGCCAACAAAACUAGUUUCUCGUAGGAAUAAAUUUCAGUUUGAUCGACUGUUAAUUUAAAAAAUGAUCGUUGAAAAAACUGUCGCUAUAUAUAGGUUUCUUUCCGUUGAAUAAAAACUACCUCUGUGAAAACCCCUGACAUUAUCUUGAUCAGGAAACAGCAUGAAAAUAAAAAUAGUUUUCAAUUAAAACGGUUUAGUCGAUGUAGAGGUUUUCAUCUACGAAAUUAGAUGUAACAACUGCCCGAUCGUAAUAAUAAUUUAACAAUGACAGGACACUUACUUUCUUUACACUCUGUACAUACAUACACAAACACCCACAAACACGCAUGUAAUAUACGUAAGAGGACAAGAAAGAUUUAUCGUUUCUACGCGCAGACAGCACGGCCGUGUUGUUUAGUUAUUGUUAAUCGCGAAUACUUUAAUUGCCCGUUCAAUUGUUGUUGCUCAUUACUGUUACCAUCAUGAUUACUAUUAUUGAAAGUUACGCGUGUAAUUAUUUUCACCGCAGACGCGAUUAUUUUUUUGCGUCUCGUUAUUACGAUUAUUAUUAUUGUUAUCAUGACU